CCCCGCCCCCCGCCCGCUCCGCUUCGGGGUUGACACGGGGCUUCGCCGCGGGCAGGGCGGAGGGCAGCGAGGGAGCCCGCGGCGGGGUGGCGGCGGCGGCGGCCGGCCUGUGAGCGCGACCUGUUUACGAGCCCAGCUAACCACUGAUGAAGAUGUGUUGGAGUAGCUGCAGAAAUUGAUCUUUACUGAUCCGAGACGGUCUUAUUGGUUCCACUUUUUUGUUUGUUUGUUUGUGUAUCCCGCUGCUUUGAGUUUUAUUGUAACGGUUGAGAAACUUGGGAAAUAAAAUAACAUGCUGUGGUCUUGAACCCUUCUUUUUGAGGAAAUACUAAAGUGCCAGAGUGAAAGGCCACAAUGGCUGCCAGAGAGAGGCUCUUUGAACUUUGGAUGCUUUAUUGUACGAAGAAAGAUCCAGAUUACCUGAGACUAUGGUUGGACAAUUUUGUUUUAAGUUAUGAACAGUUUUUAGAUGUUGACUUUGAAAAGCUGCCUACCAGGGUCGAUGAUGUGCCUCCGGGAAUAUCCCUGCUUCCUGAUAAUAUCCUGCAGGUUCUGAGGACGCAGCUGCUGCACUGUGUUCAGAAAACAGCAGAUGGGUUAGAGGAACAACAACAAGCCUUGUCAAUUCUGCUCGUCAAAUUCUUCAUCAUUCUUUGCAGGAAUUUAUCAAAUGUGGAAGAAAUUGGGACUUGCUCUUAUAUUAAUCAUGUCAUUACCAUGACAACACUGUAUAUUCAGCAAUUAAAAAGCAAAAAAAAGGAGAAGGAAAUGGCUGAUCAGACAUCUGUUGAAGAAUUUGUGAUCCAUGCAUUGGCAUUCUGUGAAAGUUUAUAUGAUCCGUAUAGGAAUUGGAGACAUAGGAUUUCAGGACGAAUCCUGAGUUCUGUGGAAAAGAGCAGACAGAAAUACAAACCGGCUUCUCUCACAGUGGAGUUUGUUCCUUUCUUUUAUCAGUGUUUUCAGGAAAGUGAACAUCUCAAGGAGAGUCUAAAGUGUUGCUUAUUACACCUCUUUGGAGCCAUUGUAGCCGGUGGGCAGAGGAAUGCUUUGCAAGCGAUUUCUCCAGCCACCAUGGAGGUUCUCAUGCGAGUUUUGUCUGAUUGUGACUCACGGGAGGAAGGAGACCCUGAGGAAGUGGGUAGGAAGAGAGAACUAACACUGAAGUGCCUCACACAAGUGAUACACAUCCUUCUUACGAGCAGUUCUGACCAGCGACAGGUGGAAACCAGUACCAUACUGGAGAACUAUUUUAAAUUGCUCAAUUCAGAUCACUCAGCUUUACCUAAACAGAGGAGGACCAGGCAGUGGGAAAGCCAGUUCAUAGCUCUGCAGAUUAAGAUGCUCAAUACCAUCACAGCCAUGUUAGACUGCGCAGACAGGCCUGUUCUUCAGGCCAUUUUCCUUAACAGUAAUUGCUUUGAACAUCUCAUACGACUUCUACAGAACUGCAAGCUAUUUUUAAGUGCUCACAGUAUGGUGGCAGACAAGAACGAGAAAGACCUUGCCAACCAAUUACUGACAGAGAUAAGUGAGGACCAGGUAUUUCAGGGGCGGUUGGAUUGUUUGGCUGUAUCAACUAUUCAGGCUUUGACAGCAGUGAUGAAGAAUUCUCCAGCUGCUAAGGAAGUAUUUAAAGAAAGAAUUGGCUAUGUGCACAUGUUUGAGGUGUUAGCAUCUCUGGGUCAGCCAUCACUAGAACUGCUUAAAGAACUUAUGAAUAUGGCUGUAGAGGGUGACCAUACUUCAGUUGGUAUUUUGGGCAUUAGUAAUGUCCAUCCUCUUUUGGUUCUCAUCCAAUGGCUUCCGGAGCUAGACUCCCAUGACCUACAAAUCUUCAUCUCUGACUGGCUGAAAAAAAUUUGUUGCAUUAAUAAACAGAGCCGAACUACGUGUGUGAAUGCAAACAUGGGAAUAAGAAUCAUUGAAACCCUUGAAUCCCAUUCUUCCCUACAUCGAACUUGUGCUGAGAACUUGAUUGCAAUUCAUGGUUCCUUGGGGAGUCAGUCUGUGAGCUCCGAAGAAAUCCGUCGACUACUGCGGUUGCUGAGGGUAGAUGAACCUGAGCUUAUUCACCCGUACACCAUUCCUGUGACUCGUGCAGUCCUAACCAUGGCACGGAAACUCAGCCUGGAGAGUGCCCUGCAGUAUUUUAAUUUGUCACAUAGUAUGGCAGGAAUCUCUGUGCCUGCCGUUCAGAAAUGGCCUGGGUCUGCAUUUUCCUUCACUGCUUGGUUUUGCUUAGAUCAGGACCAGUUAACCCUUGGCACUGCUAACAAAGGAGGAAAAAGAAAACAAUUAUAUAGCUUUUUUACAGGAAGUGGAAUGGGUUUUGAAGCUUUUAUUACCCACUCAGGUAUGUUGGUUGUGGCAGUAUGCACAAAAAGAGAAUAUGCAACAGUUAUGCUUCCUGACCACAGUUUCUGUGAUUCUCUCUGGCACAACAUAACCAUCGUUCACAUGCCUGGAAAAAGGCCCUUUGGUCAGAGUCUUGUCUAUAUCUAUGACAAUGGACAACAAAAAGUUUCUGCCCCUCUCAGAUUUCCUGCCAUGAAUGAGCCGUUUACUUCCUGUUGUAUUGGUUCAGCUGGGCAAAGAACCACCACUCCUCCACCCUCUCAAAUCCCAGAUCCACCAUUUUCUACUCCCGUUACCCCUCACCGGACAUCAUUUGGUGGAAUAUUGUCAUCAGCCUCCUGGGGAGGAACAACUGAAAAAUCAAAAUUAGUUACCAAAUUAAUUUCCGCUGGAACCCAAGACAGUGAAUGGGGUUGCCCCACAUCCCUGGAGGGCCAGCUAGGAUCUGUUAUUGUAUUCCAUGAAGCACUGCAGCCUCCUCAGGUCAAGGCUUUAUAUUUAGCAGGUCCAAAUUGCCUAAGCCCUUGGAAGUGUCAAGACUGUGAUAUGGCUGACCUGCCAAGUAACAUCCUCCUUCAUUACACAGCAAAGGCUUGCAAAAAUUCAAUUUGCCUCGACCUGUCUACUAAUUAUUUGCAUGGAAGAUUAACAGGAAACAAAGUAGUUAAUUGGGACAUUAAGGACAUCAUCAAUUGUAUAGGUGGGUUAAAUGUACUUUUUCCUUUAUUGGAACAAAUAAGCCACUUUAUUGAAGGACAGACUUCUGAAGGAAUGAGUGAAAACACAGUUCCUGAAUUUAUAACACCUAUUGACCAAGAAUGUAUGGCAUUGGCCUCCACAAAGGCGUCAGAGUCAAGACUAGAGAAAAAUCUAGUUGCAACAUUUAUCUUGAUUGUGAAACACUUUAUUCAGAGACAUCCUAUCAACCAGGAUAAUCUUACUCAGUCCCAUGGAGUUGCAACACUUGGUGCCUUACUUCAGAAGGUGCCAGGUACCCUAAUGGAUGUUAAUGUUUUGGUGGCAAUUCAAUUACUAAUUGAACAGGUAUCAUUAGAAAAAAACUCACUGUUGCUUCAACAAAUGUAUCAGUAUUUACUCUUUGACUUCCGAAUUUGGAACCGUGGAGAUUUUCCUUUUCGAAUUGGCCAUAUACAGUAUCUUUCGACUAUCAUUAAAGACAGCAGGAGAGUUUUCCGGAAGAAGUACGGUGUGCAGUUUCUCCUAGAUACACUUAGGAUUUAUUAUGGGCAUGGUUGUACAUGUAAUGAGCUGUCUCCAGAGGAUAUUCGGACGAUAAGGACUUCUUUGUAUGGACUGAUUAAAUAUUUUCUUUGUAAAGGUGGAACGCAUGAAGAAAUACAAAGUAUCAUAGGUUACAUAGCUGCUACUAAUGAAGAAGAACAGCUCUUUGGAAUUUUGGAUAUACUCUUCAGUCUCCUACGGACCAGCCCAACUAGAGGUCAGCUUUUCUUACUGAUGUUUGAACCAGGAAGUGCUGACAUACUGUAUACCUUGCUGUUAAAUCAGAAGUACUCUGACAAACUAAGAGAAAUCAUUUUUAAGGUCAUGGAACAAAUGUUGAAAUGCACCAAUGUUUAUGAGCGUAGUAAACAGCGCAUCCGUCUUAGAGAAGUUGGCUAUUCAGGAAUCGGACUCCUCCUUAAUGAAGCUCCAGUUAAUGCAUCUCUCAUCAAAAACCUUGUCAAUCAAAUCAUUAAUACAGAUCCUGUUAUUAAUUUCAAAGAUCUGUUAUCUGUAGUAUAUAUCUCUCACAGAACACAUGUAAAUGUCAGAGUGGUCCUCUGUAGAAAGAUAUUACAGAUUUUGCAGUCCCAGCCAGAUGCAGCAUACCACAUAUCACAACAAGUGGGUUGGCAAGACACCUUUGUUAGACUUUUCUUAAAAGCAAACUUUGAAAAUAUAAGUUAUCUUCAUAAACAUGGAAAGGCUGUUUCAGUGAAAGAAAAUAAAAAUAUGUCAACUGAAAAGUUCGAUGAUGAAAAAAUGGCACUAGCUGAUGUAUCUUCAGAUCAUUGGAGUUUAGAAGAUGGUCAGUCCUUGAACUCAAACACACCAUUAUUUCAAGAAGAUAGCUCUGAGGGAGAAUUAUCUUUCAAGUCAGAGAAUCAAGAAGAAUUCUGGCAUAGUAACACAUCCCAUCUGAGUUUAGAUCUCAGUGGGAUGGACUCAUGCGAACUGAGUGAGAGUGGAAGUCAAAUGCUGGACAGCUCACCUAGCACCCCAUCCCCAGUAGAGUCUACUAAGUCGUUCUCUGUGCGGUCUGACAAAGAAAGAAGUAUCACAGAUGAAAUGGACUUCACUGAUGACUUCUCUUUCCUUGAGAGCCAAGAGGGAUGUGAAGAGGAGCUUCUUCAGUCGCUUACAGAUAUUUUGAAUUAUGUCAUGUGUAGAGGACUAGAAAAGUCUGAUGAAGACACUUGGAUUGAACGAGGACAAGUGUUUUCAGCAUUAGCCAAACCAGGAAUAUCAAGUGAGCUACUUCGACCAUCAGAUGAAGUAAAACUAACCUUGCUACAGAAGAUGUUAGAAUGGGCAGUCACAGAAAACAGAGAUGCCAAAAGUAGUCCCGUAACUGCUGAAAAUGCCUUCCGACUCAUGCUGAUCAUACAGGACUUUCUGCAGUCAGAAGGACUGGUUAAUUCAAACAUGUGGACUGAGAAGCUUUUAGAAGAUACCAUGCAGCUCCUUGACUAUCUGUCAGUUUGGUAUUCUGAGAAUCCAGGAUGGGUAAAACUCUCCCAAAUACAGAUCCAGCUGCUUCUAGAAUUCAUUGGAAGAGGCAGUUUGCAGGUUUGUGCAAUGGCAUCCGCUAAGCUAAACGCCCUUCUUCAGACCAAAGUGAUUGAAAAUCAAGAUGAAGCAUGCUAUAUUUUAGGGAAACUAGAACAUAUUCUAAGUCGGUCAAUCAAGGAACAGACAGAAACCUAUUCAUUUCUGAUUCCUCUUUUCCGUACUCUGGUUUCUAAAAUUUAUGAGCUUCUUUUCAUGAACUUGCACCUGCCUUCUUUGCCUUUUACCGAAGGAAGUGCUUCAUUUUUUGAAGAUUUUCAAGAAUACUGCAAUUCAAAAGAAUGGCAAGUUUACAUCGAAAAAUAUAUUAUACCUUACAUGAAGCAGUAUGAAACACAUACAUUCAAUGAUGGUCAUGAGAGCAUGGCACUUUACUGGAAGAAUUGCUAUGAAGCCUUAAUGGUGAAUAUGCAUAAAAGAGACCGAGAGGGAGGAGAAAGUAAGCUGAAAUUUCAGGAGUAUUUUGUGGAACCAUUUAAUCGAAAAGCACGUCAAGAGAACUUGAGGUACAAUAAUAUGAUCAAACAACUUAGCAGUCAACAGUUGGCCACGUUUAGACGCUGGAAGGCAAUUCGACUCUAUCUGACAUGUGAAAGGGGGCCUUGGGCUGAAAGGAAACAGAAUCGAGUUCACUGGAAACUAGCUAAUGUAGAAAAUUAUUCCCGCAUGAGACUUAAACUGGUACCAAAUUACAAUUUCAAAACCCAUGAGGAAGCUAGUGCCUUACGAGAUAAUUUAGGUGUCCAACACUUGCAGCCUUCUAGUGACUCUUUGCUUUUGGAAGUAGUGAAACAAGUUAAACUUAGUGAUAUGGAGGAAGAUAAACUAGAACUUCUGGAAGAGGACAUGGCAGCCAGAGUAAAUGUUGAUGAGAAGGAAGAACAGGAUCAAAAGGAAAAAUUGGUGUUGACUGAAGACUGUGAACUCAUUACAGUAAUUGACAUAAUUCCUGGCAGAUUGGAAAUCACGACUCAGCACAUUUACUUCCAUGAUAACAGUACUGAAAAAGAAGAUGGAAUGGGCUUUGAUUUCAAGUGGCCUCAUUCUCAAAUUCGAGAGAUUCACUUACGUCGUUACAACUUAAGGAGAUCAGCACUUGAGAUAUUUCAUGUUGAUCAAUCCAACUACUUUCUCAAUUUCAAAAAAGAGGUUAGAAACAAAGUAUAUAGCAGACUGUUGUCACUUCAUUCUCCUAAUAGUUAUGGAGCAAGAUCGCCCCAGGAGUUAUUCAGAGCAUCAGGAUUGACACAGAAAUGGGUGAAUCGAGAGAUAACAAACUUUGACUACCUCAUUCAAAUAAAUACAAUGGCAGGACGGACCUAUAAUGACCUUGCACAGUACCCUGUGUUUCCCUGGAUUUUGCAAGAUUAUACUUCAGAAGAGUUGGACCUUAAUAACCCCACUGUAUUUCGAGAUCUUUCUAAACCAAUUGGAGUAGUUAAUGAAAAAAAUGCCAAAGCUAUGCGAGAAAAGUAUGAAACUUUUGAGGAUCCAAUGGGAACGAUUGAUAAGUUUCAUUAUGGUACUCAUUAUUCAAAUUCUGCAGGUGUCAUGCACUAUCUUAUCCGUGUAGAACCUUUUACUACCCUCCACAUCCAGCUUCAGAGUGGAAGGUUUGACUGUGCAGACCGGCAGUUCCAUUCCAUCCCUGCUACCUGGCAAGCUCUUAUGGAUAAUACAUAUGAUGUAAAGGAACUUAUUCCUGAAUUCUUCUAUUUCCCUGAGUUUUUAGAAAAUCAAAAUGAAUUUAAUUUGGGUCACCUACAAGUUUCCCAAGAAGUGGUAAAUGAUGUCAUUCUUCCAAGAUGGGCUAAGUCAGCGGAAGAUUUCAUUUAUAAACACAGGAAAGCUCUGGAGUCUGAAUAUGUGUCUGCUCAUCUUCAUGAGUGGAUAGACCUGAUUUUUGGCUACAAACAGAGAGGACCAGCUGCAGUGGAAGCACUCAAUGUCUUCUAUUACUGCAGUUAUGAAGGUGCUGUAGAUCUUGAUGCCUUAACAGAUGAAAAGGAAAGAAAAGCCUUAGAAGGGAUGAUUAAUAAUUUUGGGCAAACACCUUGUCAGCUGUUAAAGGAACCACACCCUCCAAGAUUAUCAGCAGAAGAAGCUAUACAAAAGCAGACCAAAACAGAAGUUGCAACCCUAAACCUCUUUCAGCACCUCCCUGAACUGAAGUCAUUUUUUAUAGAGGGAAUUAGUGAUGGUAUUCCUCUAUUAAAGGCCAUCAUCCCUAAAAAUCAAUCUCGUUCUUUUAUGUCUCAAGGCAGCCCUGAGUUACUGGUAACAAUAAGCAUGAAUUAUGUUAUUGGAACCCAUGGAUGGCUACCUUAUGACAGAAACAUUUCUAACUACUUCACCUUCAUCAAGGAUCAAACUGUGACUAACCCGAAAGCUCAGCGAACUGUGAAUGGUCCUUUUGCUCCUGGGCUGGAAAUUACUUCUAAACUUUUUGUGGUUUCACAUGAUGCAAAGUUGCUCUUCAGUGCUGGACACUGGGAUAAUAGUAUCCAAGUAAUGUCACUUACCAAAGGCAAAAUUGUCUCACAUAACAUCCGACAUAUAGACAUUGUGACUUGCUUAGCUACAGAUUACUGUGGAAUACACUUGAUUUCUGGUUCCAGGGACACUACAUGUAUGAUAUGGCAGAUAACACAACAGGGAGGCUCUCCUGUGGGCUUAGCGUCUAAGCCUUUUCAGAUCCUUUACGGACACACGGAUGAGAUACUGAGUGUGGGCAUCAGCACUGAACUCGACAUGGCAGUGUCGGGGUCAAGGGACGGCACUGUGAUUAUACAUACCAUUCAGAAAGGUCAGUACAUGAGGACGUUACGACCACCCUGUGAGAGUUCUCUGUUCCUGACCAUUCCCGGUUUGGCCAUAUCUUGGGAAGGACACAUUGUCAUCUAUUCCAGCUUGGAAGAAAAGUCCUCCCUCAAGGAUAAGAACAUGUUACAUGUGUUUUCUGUAAAUGGAAGGUAUCUGGGGUCUCAAGUCCUGAAUGAGCAAAUAUCAGACAUGUGCAUAAUUGGAGAACAUGUUAUCACUGGCAGCUUACAAGGGUUCCUGUCUGUAAGAGAGCUUCACGGUUUGAAUCUCAGCGUCACUCCAUUAGCCAUGCGAUUACCUAUCCACUGUGUUUCUGUAACCAAAGAGUACAGCCACAUUCUUGUAGGCUUAGAAGAUGGCAAAUUGAUUGUAGUCGGUGUUGGCAAGCCAGCCGAGAUGCGUUCGGGUCAGCUUUCUCGAAAACUGUGGGGAUCUAGCAAGCGGCUCAGCCAGAUUUCAGCUGGAGAAACCGAAUAUAAUACUCAAGAUCUGAAGUGAUUGUUAUUUCCACCUUGUGUGAUGGAGGCCGGAGCUUCAUGUACUGCUUUGUAACUUUAGCUACAUCUCUCUACUCUCUGAAAGUCUGAAGUGUUUUAUCCAAAAAUAAUUAAGGAUCACCACAGUUUGAUACCUGUGAAGGUGUAGGUGGAGCUGGACUUUAUGGCACAUGCCUGUAAUGCUAACAUUUGAGAGGCUGAGGCAGGUGGAUCUUAAGUUCAAGGACAGCCUGGGCUACAUAGCAAGGCUUAUCCCAAAAAUUCAAUAAAUACAGCAUAAAAAUAAAGUUGUAGAUUGUACGAAAGCUGUUUUAAAAGUUUCAUCAACAAUGAAUCAAGUUUUGUUAAGCAGUAGUAAAAUUGAAUUGAGAAAAUGUAUUUGAUUCCAUUUGGUAACCCAUUCCUAAAUCAUUCAAUCCAUUUUUAAAAACAGACUUCUAAUAUUAUAUAUUUAGAUUGAAUUCCCUUAAUCUAAGUAGCAAAAUUUAAGACAUUUCCAAUAAAGUAGUAUAGAUAAUGGAGAGUUGAGAGAUGUGGCUUUUCAUGUAUUCUUUAGAUAAUCAUUUUACUGUUUACUUGCCAUGGUGUUAAAGACAUAACCUUUUGGGCAUUUGUUGUACAAUUGAGUUUUCAAAAGUUGCAAGUCUGCACAAUUGGAUUAAAUAUAAAUAUUGAAAUAAUACAUUAGUUUAUUUCCCUACCCCUACUAUUUAAUAUAUUACUAAUAAAAAUAUUUAAUUGCAUUAUUAUCCUUAAGUAACAGAAAUUGAACAGGAAAAAAAAACUAGAGAUAAUUUUUACAAGUGUAUUUCAUUAAUAGUUUAUUUAAGCAAAAAUGCUAAUUGUGGCUGUGGCCAGCCAGUCCUUUGAGUAACAUCUGCAGCACAGUUGACAUCUGUGAAAUUCGCUAUUUUGUAAAUUUGUCUUUGUUACGCAAAAACUGUGCUCUCUUUGUAGUUAAUCACUUUUACCCUGACGAUCAUGAGUUGUCGGUAAUGUUCUAAAGGUCCUGAAAGAUGGGGUGGGACUUCAUGAUCCAGAGUAGUGAUGUAGGUAUAGUAAACUGUCUACUGCUUAUCAUAGACCCUCGUCAGGAUGAGAGCCAUUGUGUUAGAUAUUGUUAAAUAGUGCUUUAUAUUAAUGUUUGAAGUAAAAAAGCUGACUGAUUUAAUUUGGAAUUCUAAGUAAUUGUUAUUUGUUUUUGCAAAAUUGACUUCUGAGUUAGGUCAGAGAAGUUUUACAGUUACCAGUAUUGGUAAUCUGAGAUUCCACAGGCUUUGGGAGGAUUUGUGAAUCUCUGAAGUUGUACAGAAAUUUGUAUGUUGAGGCUAUUUUCAGGAAAGACUAUUGCAUGGCUUCCUUAAAUUGAUCUAUGGGCAACAACAAAUGACUUUACAAUGGUAGCCUUUCAGAAUUACAUUCUUUUCUAUUCUGCUGCUCAGACAUUUCCUUAUACCUAACUGUCUUUUCAGUUGAAUCCUGAAGAAAUUUUGAUUUUCCAUUUUUCUUUCUCCUGUUGACCACAGUAUCCAGUGGUCUUUUUUCUCUAUACUCCCAUAAAUAAGUUUUAAAAAAUUUAGAUGUAAAAGAUUAUGUUUAGGAAAAUUUUCCAAUAUUUUGAUUUCUUGUGGGUCAGGAUUAGUAAAACACUGCAAAAUCACUUUCUGUUUAAUCAGUUAAAAUUAUCUGAUUCAGGACAAAGUAGCUGCGUUUUAGACAAAUAACACUAAAAUCAACUGGUACAAAGGUAGAAUUUGUGUAAAUAUAUUUCCUUUUUGAAAGACUUCAAGAAUUUGUUGGAAGUCUCACAAGUCAGUAGAGAGGAUUAUGGUAUAUGAAACAUCUCUUCCUUUUGUUUCCCCACCCCACACUCAGGUGCUACAGCCAUGGUGCCGUCGGGGCCAUCUAUUCUCCAUAAACAUUUUAAGGGAGUUCAAGUCAGAACCAACAUGAUUGGGUGAUUUUUUUUUUCUUGGUUUUUGGGCUUUUUGAGACAGGUUUGCUCUGGGUAGUCUUGGCUGUCCUGGAACUCACCCUGUAGAUCAGACUGGCCUCAAACUCACAAAGAUCCUCCUGCCUCUACUGGGAUUAAAGGUGUGCAACACCACUGCCGGGCAGUGAUUCGUUUUCAGUGCAUAGUAGAACGCUUGCCUACAUUGUUCGAGAGCCUGGGUUUACUUCCUAGCAUGGGCAAGAGAGGCAGAGAAAAUACACAGAUGCUAACUGACUCUAAAUCAAGACUUGGUAAGGGUUUCUUUUUGGCAGUUUAUCCACAAAUUCCUUGUUUUUGAAACCACUUAAUACUGGAUUUAGAGAUUAUUUUAUUUAUUUAAGAAUCACAAAAACUUUGAUAAUCUUAGAAAAGCAAUCCUAAAUAUAUGGUGUUUGACUGUGCUACUUUUUAGUGGGAAACUGAACAAGCAUUAUUUCUUUUAUAACAUAAAUAUGAAGCUUUAUUCAGUUUCAUAGAGGUCUGGCCCAGACAAGUGUUAGAUGUUAAAAGGAGACUUAUUCCUGAUAAUUGUUUUCAGAUUUAGAAUAUUCUUGAAGAAUGAACUUUUUGUUUUGUUUUGUUGUUUUUUGUUUGUUUUUCAAGACAGGUUUCUCUGUAUAGCUCUGGCUGUCCAGGAACUCACUCUGUAGACCAGGCUGGCCUCGAACUCAGAGAUCUGCCUCACUCUGCCUCCUGAGUGCUGAGAUUAAAAGUGUGCACCACCACCACCCAGCCAAGAAUGAACUUUUGUGUUAAUUAAAAUAAGCAAAUCUAGUGGAACUAUUAUCUGGUAGUAUAUUCCUCAUGUAAACAGUAGAUCCAUGAAAUUAAAAGUCGCUAGAUAAUGUCACUGGGAAGAUAAACUUUUACAGAGUGGAGUGUAGAUGUUAUCCAUAGAGAUUUCUAUAGUGUAUAGUGGAAGAAAUUAUUAGAAUGGAUUGAUAGCUGGAUAUUUUAGUUAAUGAGUAUAAAAAUCUCAAGUUGGCUACUGUUGGUGUCAAUUCAUCUUUUCAGAACUUUUCAUCUGCUUUUGUUUCUUGAAAGUGGUGACCAUGAAUAUUAAAAUCUCAGCAUCCUGGUAAUGAGAGAUUUAUACUAAGAUAAUGUUCUUAACUUUGGAAAGUGAGGUCAGAAGUUAUUUUGCUGAUGUUGCUGGUGGUGAUGGUGCAUGUGUUUAUGUGUGUACAUAUGUAUACAAUCACUAUAUGUAAUCAAGAGAAUAAAACAAUGUAAUAUAUAACUCCCCCCAGUCAGUAUUCUGUUAUUACUUAGGUAAAGUUGAAGAACAGGAAGUCAGGGAACUGCAGAAAUAAAGAUGAGCAUUAAGUCUUUGUAGCCAGUGUUGCCUGUCAAGGAAGUUUCUAUCACUUUCCUUAAGUCACAGUGCAUCCCGCUGUGGGAGAAGAGUGUCUGCAGUCAGAGCUGGUCUCUUUCCUUGUGAUGUGUGUGGGUUAUUCUUCACAGAGCUGACACUGAAAUGCUGUAUUCUCCCAAAGGAGUAAGCAUGCCCACAGAAUUAGAAUUUAGACGUGAAAACUGACUCUUAAUUCGUCUUCUUUAUAUUCCUUUUCAAACAUGCUAAGAAAGUGAAAUUGAGUGUCAAUUUUUGUUUAGUGGUGAUAGAGGCAUGGCAUUUGUCUGUAAGUACAACAUUAUUUUUACUAAAGAUAUCUCUAAGGAAAGCUUUUCAUUGAAUUUUAAGAGGUUAGUUCCUUUAAAAUAUUUGUUUGUAAAAUAAAUAGCAUCAUCUUUGCCUCCUUUCCAAUAAAAACAUGUGAGUAGGCCAGCCUGGUCUACAGAGCUAGUUCCAGGACAGCCAGAGCUGUUACACAAAGAAACCCUAUCUUGAAAAACCAAAAAAAACAAAGAAACAAAACCAUGUGAGUCCUUUUACUGAAUUGAGUAUGAACAAGGUUUUAAAUGCAUAAUACCAUGUGUCUGGGAUGUGUGUGUCUAAAGGUGUUCUCACUUCUCACAUUGCUAAACCCAUUUUCUUAACCCCAUCUUUGCUGUGUUUGAGUGGUAUGUACAAGACGAAAUGUAUUAUUUUUACUUGUUAUUUUCAUUUGUCAUCUAGACCCAAACCUUGAUGUAAGUGUUCUAUCUCUAUCAAACUAUUGUUUCCCAAUAACUGAGCAUUCUAAACAUCUUUACCAUUGGCAGCAUGUACUCAUUCUCAGUACUUUUCCUAGUGUGUGUGUGUGUGUGUGUGUGUGUGUGUGUGUGUGUGUGUAUCAUGUAUGUAGAAUUGGGUUUGUUUGAGAUGAUCCCAUAUAGACAUUGUUCUGAAGAAUUUCCUCAGAGUGCUUUUCCUGGUGGCAUUAGACAACAAUACAGUGUUAUCAGCCUUUAAUAUUAUUUACAUAUUCACAUAUUACUUACAUAAUUUAAACAAAGCAUUUCCUAUGCCAGUGGUUAUCUCCAACCCCAGCCCAGUAUGUUUAUUGUCUUUGUUUCAUGUGGACAGAGCCACUGUAUUUCCUUUUCAUUAUUGAAAAGUUCAUUAAUCUUACCAUGAACUCUCUUUAGACCUUUCAUAUUUGAAAAUCAUAAUUAACAUUUACUCCAAUAACAUUGUCUAUUUGCUAAUAGUAGUUCCUAAUGCCUAUCAGUCAAUAUUUCCCACACUGAUAAAGAUUAAAUUUUUUUCCAGUGUUGGGGAUUGAGCUCAGGGCCUUGUGCAUGUUAGGCAAGAAUAAAAAACAUUAGUAAUCAGUGCUAAAAGAACAACAGAAUCAGAUAUCUUGUAGCAUUAAAGUUGUAUGUAGCUGAAAGUUUUCUUGUGCUUGCCGGCACCAAGGUCUACAGCCACUUAUAAAAUUCCUUUGUCUUGCCUGGACCUGCAACCGUUCAGACCCAAGUAAACACACAGAGACUUUUAUUAUUUUUAAACUAUGGCCAUGGCAGGCUUCUUGCUAGCUAGCUCUUAUAUCUAUAUCUAUAAAUCUAUACUUUGCCAUGUGGCUCAUGGCUUAUCGGUGUCUUUACAUCUUGCUUCUUGUGGUGGCAGCUGGCAGUAUCUCUUUGCCUCUCCUUUCUCUUCCUGUCUGUUUUGACUUCCUGCCUGCCUCUAAGCUGCCUUGCAUAGGCCAAACAGCUUUAUUUAUCAACCAAUCAGAGCAACACAUAUUCACAGCACACAGAAAGACAUCCACAGCAGUUGUAAUGAGUAGAGUUCUCCCACUAUGAAAGCAUUGGGUAAAUUCUCCUAAAUACUUUUGAUGAUGUGUGCAGGUAUGCCUCUGUAUAGGAUAUUCUUUAUCUUUUCAUAGGUUUUUAGACUUGGGCUAGGGAUGUAUCUUAGUGAUGGAAUGCUUUCAUGUGAAGCCCUGGGUUUGGGGUUCUGGGUAGGCUUCUUUACCCCAGCACUGGGACAGCAUAGGACCUCACACAUAGGAGGAGGGUUCUACCACUGACCUCUGCACCCUCAGUUCAGAGCAUGGCUCCUAAUCUGAGGUUGCAGAUCAGACUUGUCUGUAGGGAUUAAUAAAUAGGCUAUGCCUUGGUACUACUUGGGUUUUUCACUGGUUUUAAUCCCAGGUCUCAAAAAUUUUAUGUAUGUACAUACAAUGUAUAUAAGUGAAUAUGUACCUAAAUUGCAGAUACAUUUUUAUUUGUUGAAAAUCAUGUGACUAUCUUGGAAUAUAGGAUUUAUAUCUCUUCUCUUCUCUUUUGGCUGCCAUGAAGUAUAUAAUAUAAAAAUUAUGUGGUUUUAUUUAUUAUAAAAAACCUCAUGUAAAAAUGGCCACAUUAUCAACUGAAGUUCUUUUGGCUAUCAUAGUUAUUCAUUAGGCAGGUUUUCUUAGACUAGUAUCUUUACUGACACCACACAGAAUUAGAUUCUAAACACACUGCAAGAUUUGGAUACAUGAAGAUAAUUCUUUUAGUGUCAAAUAAAAAGACACAAAUUCAGUGGUAUGUAUCUUUCCAUAAUGUAUAAAGCAAGAUGAAAGUCACAGAUUCAAUAUUCUUUUCUCUAUGAUACAGUUUUCAUGUUAACCUUGAAAAUACAUAUCUUGCAUAUAUUAGCAUAACAAUAGCCAAAUUUCAUCAUUUGAGAAAUUAGGCAAAGUGGUACAUGCACAUGGUUCCAGUUACUCGGGAGACUGAGAUGGACAGAUCACCUGGGCCGGGAAGUUCAGGAUCAGCCUGGACAAUGUAGUAAGACUUCCAUUUCAAAAAUGAGUAAACAAUUUUCAUUAAUGUUUCAAAGUUGACUGUUAAAGAAGUGCUGCUGCUGUGUGUUUCCUUCAUAAUGGCUUCCUAGUAACUUUCAUGGAAUAGUUACAACGUGAGUCACUGCUUUAUAGUGCUGUGGUAAAUUAGCAAUGUAACAUGAGACUGAGAACAGCGAGGAUUUAGCUGAGAUUGAAAUACAAACUUUUUAAAAGAAGUCUUGCCAGGCAGUGGUGGCGACUCAGAGACAGGCAGAUCUCAGUGAAUUCGAGGCCAGCCUAGUCUACAGAGCGAGUUCCAGGACAGCCAGGACUGUUAUAUAGAGGAUCCUUGUCUCAGAAAACAAAAACAAACAAAAAAAAGAAGUCUUAUUCCAAUUAAGAUUUUAUUUAAAUAAUAAUAUUCUGUUGACCUUAUAUUAAAAUUACAGGCUCUCUGAUAGUGUAGUCAAGUUGAGAAUUAGGCUUUCAUGUUCCUUUUUUUUUUUUUUCUUGUUUUUGUUUUUGGGACAGAUUCUCACUAUGUAGUCUUGGCUGGCCUGGAAGUACCUAUGUCAACUAGGUUGGUCUCAAACUCAGAUCCAUCUGCCUCUGCCUCCCAAGUCCUGAGAUUUUCAAAAAUAUACAUAAUUAUUUUGCUCCUCAGAAGUAAUUCUGGCAGGGAGAUAUCAGUAGUUUAAUUUAAUUGAAAAUAGCUUAAACUCGUAUUAUAUUGGAACUAAAGAAUUUUUAGAAGUUUAAAUGUUUUGUUAGGUAAUCCCUAAUGACUUGCAUAUAGUUUUAUACUCUUUCCAAAAUUAUGGUAUGUUACAGUGGCUUUUUUUUUUUUUUUUUUUUUUUUUUUUUUUUUUUUGGUUUUUCGAGACAGGGUUUCUCUGUGUAGCUUUGCGCCUUUCCUGGAACUCACUUGGUAGCCCAGACUGGCCUCGAACUCACAGAGAUCCGCCUGGCUCUGCCUCCCGAGUGCUGGGAUUAAAGGCGUGCGCCACCACCGCCCGGCGCUUUUUUUUUUUUUUUAAGACAGGGUUUCUCUAUGUAGCUCUGGCUGUCCUGGAACAUGCUCUGUAGACCAGGCUGGCCUUGAACUCACAGAGAUCCACCUGUCUUUACCUCCAGAGUGCUGGGAUUAAAGGCGUGAACUACUACCGCCAGCUUACAAUGACUCAUAUUGCUAAAGGCCUUUUACAUUUUGGACACUUUUUCUCCUAUUCUGCCUUUUACUUCUCAUAGACUGUGCUUCAUAAACAUCACCACAAGCUUUUUAUAUGUAGUUACUGCUACUUAAAGUCAGCUUUACAUAGAAAACUUUUUAGGAAGCUGCAUGACUUUCUGCCAGAUUCUUUUACAGGAUGAACUUCCCUUUCUCCAUCAGUUUGCUUUUGUACAGUUGGAGGGAAAAAAAAAUAUCAAAAAGCACUCAGAUCUCUGGAUAGCCAUUUUCUAUCAAAUUCAUUGUUAAAUUAAGACAAAAUUAACAAACAUUUGAUGAGUUUGACAGUUUUUCUGGGACUCAGAUUAAUUAGAAGCAUUUCAGAUUUAACAAGGUGACAGUUUCUUGAUAUGUGAAUAUACACUAGUUCAGAAGAGUUAGCUGAAUAUUCAAAAUGACUUGUUUAAAAACAAAGUACUUAGUAGCUGAGUAUACUGGUACAUCUGUAAUCCUGAUGCAGGAGUAUUGCCUCAAGUUUGUGGCCUACCCUAGGCUAUAGAAUGAAGUCAGUCUCUGUGUAUGUGUGUGUCUGUCCCCUACCGCAAAACCUUAGAAAUUGUGCUGCUAGUUACUAUUUAAGGAGUCGUGUAUUUAUCUUAAAAUGUCCCCUUUCUUUUUCUCCACUGGAAUUGGUUGAAUGAACAAAAAGUAAUAAUAAGCCUCUUUAUGUUGAAUUAUUGAUUUGUAAACUGUGACUCAUUGAGUUUUUGUUCAAAGGGGUUCAAAGUUGAGCAAAGCAAAUUUUAGACUUUAUAAGGAUGUAAAUAACUUUAAUUAGCAUUCUGAUAACAAAAUUACUGUUUGGUGCAAUUGAUUCUGCUUUCAUUCUGAAUUUAAAUAUACAAGAUGUAUUUGUUUUGUCAUAUAAAUAUUUUUAAGAACUUCGGUGAAUGUAUAUGAGUUAAUGUUUGAUUUGUUUCUGUAUAGUAUGAUCAAAAACAGUUGAAAGUUCCGCACUUUGUUAGUCCAUUGGAAAUUUAUAUUCUAAUGUUUUUAAGAAUGUACAUUUAUUUUGUACAUAAUAAAUUAGCUUUGUAUAUGACAGUGGGUUUGAAUCAAAUAAAAAGAUGGUAUUACUUUCGUCA